CGCCAGGAGGCGGCGGUUCCGGGGGCGCCGCCGCUGCCGUGAGGGCUGUGCGGGAGGAGAGGGGAGGAGAGGGGCUCCGCCGCCUCCGCCGCCGCCCCUUCCGCCACCUCUUGCCUUCUCCUCGGCGGAGAGGAGGCCGCCAUGCACCCCGUUUUCCAGAGCAGUCGGCGCGACUUCACCUUCGGGCCGUGGAAGCUGAGCGCCGCCCGGACGCACAUCAUGAAGUCGGCGCAGGCCGAGAGGUUGGCUGAUGAAUUACACAUGCCUUCCCUGCCAGAGAUGAUGUUUGGAGACAAUGUCCUAAGAAUACAGCAUGACCAUGGUUUUGGAAUAGAGUUCAAUGCUACAGAUGCUUUAAAAUGUGUCAAUAAUUGUCAAGGUAUGAUCAAAGUCGCUUGUGCAGAGGAGUGGCAAGAGAGCAGGAGUGAGACUGAGCACACUAAGGAAGUUGUCAAGCCAUAUGACUGGACUUACACAACAGACUACAAAGGAACUUUGCUGGGAGAUACUGCAACAUUAAAGGUUGUUCCUACAACAGAACACAUAAAUACAGAGAAAUUGAAAGCCAGGGAACAAAUUAUGUUUUUUGAAGAAGUACUCCUGUUUGAAGAUGAACUCCAUGAUCAUGGAGUAUCAAGUUUGAGUGUGAAAGUAAGAGUUAUGCCUUCCAGCUUUUUUGUGCUGCUGAGGUUCUUCUUGCGAGUGGAUGGGGUCCUCAUCAGGAUGAAUGAUACGAGGCUUCAUCAUGAGGCUGACAAGACCUACAUGUUGCGAGAAUACACAUCCAGAGAAAGCAAAAUAUCAAGUUUAAAGAACGUUCCACCUUCCCUGUUCACGGAACCUAAUGAGAUCUCUCAGUAUCUACCCAUAAAGGAGACAAUCUGUGAAAAACUAGAAUUCCCAGAGGAGCUGGAGCCUAAACCAGAAACAUCACUGGAAACCACAUGUUCUAAGUCUAAAUAAAUGUGACUUUAUAUGGACUUGAAGUAAACUGGAGAUAAUGUGAUCACGUAAUUGUUGGCAUGGGGCGUGUUUCACUACUAGUGGAAUGAAGAAUUUGGCUAAUUUUUCUGUAGCCUUGAGAGAAAACAUUUCAAGCAGGUUUUGCUAAUGGUGUUUUUUGUUAGUUUUUUUUUUUAACCUGUAUCUGGAGUUGAUGAUAGAUUGGUGGGGAGUUACAGUUUUCAACAGCAUUGGAGAAAUGACUGUUGGGAGUUUGCAUUCUGUUUAGUUCACCAAGCAGGCAGGAGUAUUGUCUGGACCCCCCUCCACUAACACUUCUGUGAAGAUUUUGUUAUUGCUGCUUCAGAUACUAAGAGACUACAGGAGUUGUAAAACUAGCAUGAUUUUAUUUUUAUUGAGAAAUAAUCUACAGUAAAAAAAAAAAGGUAAAAAUUCCUUUGCAUUUAUUUUGAUCUGUCACUCCUAAACUACCCAUUUUGCUUGGCUUCCCCUGCUGUGAGCUGAUAACCAACGAAGUUACUUUUUGUGGUCUCUGAUCCAGAAUCUCACCUAAGAAUAUUCAUUUCAUCUGAGGAUAGGCUUAAAGUGUAGGGGAAAAAAAAAAUGCAUUUAUUCGACACUAGAUAAAGGUAAAAUUAUUUGUGAAGCAUUAACUCCAGAGCAGGAGAAAAGCUGGAGGUUAACAGAGUAACUGGGAAGUCUCUUCACAAAUGCUGGUUUAACCCCUUGUCAGCUGGAGUUCUCUGGGCAGUUGUGGGACUCUCGCUUGGGGUCCCUGUGCUGCUCCAGUCACGUACUGUGCUGGGAAGGCAUUGCCCUGCACUGGCCUUCCUUUGAAUGUUCCAAGUGUGAUGGUUCUACUGCCCUGACAGCCAAAUUGCCAAACUGCAGUGGGGCGUAAGGCUGGGGAAGUCUGAUCCCUGAAGGAUGCUGGUAUUUGCAGUUUGAGAAAGGAGAUCCUGUAUGGCCUUAAAAGGAUGCUAAUGUAUUCCAGAUACAUAAUUUCGGUUUAUUUUAAAAUUCUUUUUAAGUUCUGAUAUUAAUAGAUGUGUGAUCACUUGUAUAGUCAUGGUUUCAACACUCUGUAGAUUAAACUUAAAUAUUGGUAUUGCUUUUGGAAAUCCUACAGUAUAUUACUGGUUUGGUGUAAGAAUGGGGCAGCUGAGCAGACUUGUCUGGGUUUACUGCUGACACUCAGUACAGGAAGCAAGUAACUGCAGUAAAAAGCAGGCCUUGAGGUGUAAAGUGCUUGCAGAUAAGAACAUGUACACAUUCUGAUAUCUUGGAGUUUUUGUUUAAAAAUCUUCAUAUUCUACACUGCAUGGCUUACUAGAAGCAACCCACCACAAAACCCAGUAUUUAACCAGAUCUUUUGUGAAGUGGUUUUCAUAUAGAGAAGACCCUGAGGUUUUUAGGGGAAAAAAAAGUCUACUGCCAUCUAAGUGACUGUUUCCUUAGUAAAACAAGUAACACGCUUCACUUUUAUUUGAGGCAGCCUGGUCUAGUGAAUUCAGCAUCAGGUGGAAAGGCAGGAACUAGCUGCAGGUUUUCCUGUGUCACUGAUUAACCAUGGAGAGGUCAUUUCUCUGUGCCUCUGUUCCAUGUAUGUAAAAAUGAGAGUUAAUAUAUGCCUACCUCACAGAGGGACUGUGAGGAUUAGUUUGUACAAAGUUAUUGGUUAGAAUAUUUUUUUUUCUGAAUACACCUUCAGCCUUAUCUUUGGAAUCCUUUGGAAAGGAUUACUGCAAAAAAAAUCUUACGAUCCAUAGGAUGAGUAAAGAGAACUGAAAUGAAACAACUUCUGAAAGAAGUUAUCAGCCAUGAUAAUUAUCAGACAUGAUCUGGCUGAAGGAAUUUAUGGCCACUUUGAAAUAGAAGUGAGGUCCUCUGUGUUCCCCAUUACAGUCCUAAACUUUGUUGGCUUUUUUUCACCUUGUUGCACUUGUUUCCUAAAGAUUUUCGUGUCAGGAUGAAGAAGGGGACUGCAAAUGAAUGCAGCAUGGAAGAGAUGAAAGUCCAUUUGGUAAUAGAAGAUUAUUUGGGUCCACUCCAGUGAUAGAGGGAAAUGAGGGAAGAGUGAAAAGGAAGGGAACAGCGAAUGGGGAUGAAGAGAGAUUUUUCUGGUAGAAGUAAAUCAUGACACUUCUUUUACUGUAAGCACAUAUUAGUUUACAUGCCUUAAAGCUUAUAAAAACACACUUUAAAGCUGGUGUGACUGAGAGCAGAUCUCAUUUAGUGCUGCCAUGAAGGAAACUCUAUCUGCAUUUGUUAAUUCAAACUGUGAUUUGGGCUUGGUCGGUGAUGCUAACGUUAAACUCCUUUGGGCUGAAGUAGAGUGUGGGGGAAAGCCACAGAGUGGAGAGGGAGCAGUGGGAAAGGCACUCUGCAUGUUUAGCUUAUACUGUGUAUUUUCUCUUGUCCAUUAGACAUCCUAAUUUGUGACCUGUUGGUAAAGUUCUAUGGAAUGGACUUGUAUCCUGACUCUAUAGAUACGUGCUCUCCAUCUAUUCUAAAGGGUGAUGUGCAUUUCAGUGGAACACACGUGUUGGGGAAAUCACAAGAACACAUUUAGGAAGUUACACUUACAACAAGUUCAAAAUUGGAGCACUUUGUGACUUUCUUACACCACGCAGAUUACCAAGAAGCAACAGUAUAAACUGGCAUACAGCAAGCUCUCUGGCACAAAAUUUCCACAGAAAGUACCACUUUGAAUAAAUAACUUUAGGGGGGAGGGAGUGGGGUGAUUCUCCAGCUGUUUUGUGUCGAGUUUAAUGUGGCAGUUUAUAUUGUUCCUUGUAUGUUGCUGAAUAAAAUGUACCAAACAUUUUAUAGUUCUGUUUUUAACUGAGCGAAAUAAACUGAAAUAACUUA